AUGGCCGACUUCAAGAAGAGGGAUGACACGGUCAUCGAUAUGGACGAGAAAACGGAGCGCGGCUACCAUUCACCGCCAAGGUCUCCUGGUCCCAAGACUCCUACGGGAGGAGCAGCGCCGAUUGCAGCAGUUGCGAACAAUCCUGUGUUUCCCGUCCUCAGCUACUGUGCUUCCUCAAUCCUGAUGACUGUAACGAACAAGUUCGUGCUUUCGGGGUCGUUCAAUUUGAACUUCUUUCUGCUUUGCGUUCAAUCUGUGGUUUGCGUGAUUGCUAUUCAGACUUGUAAAACUUUUGGAGUUAUUACGUAUCGAGACUUCAAUUCCGACGAGGCCAGGAAAUGGUUUCCGGUAUCCCUGUCACUCAUUGUGAUGAUAUACACCAGCACCAAGGCACUCCAAUUUCUAUCAAUUCCCGUCUACACCAUCUUCAAGAACUUGACCAUCAUCCUCAUUGCCUAUGGUGAGGUGCUAUGGUUCGGCGGCUCCGUCACCGGAAUGUCUCUCUUCUCUUUUGGCUUGAUGGUUCUUAGCUCGGUCAUUGCGGCUUGGGCAGAUAUCCAACACGCGCUGCAAAACUUUGGGCACGCAAGCGACGAAGCUUCCGCGAGGAUCUCAACGCUCAAUGCUGGAUACAUGUGGAUGAUGUUGAAUUGUAUUUGCAGCGCAGCCUAUGUGCUUGGUAUGCGAAAGCGGAUCAAAUUGACGAACUUCAAAGAUUUUGACACUAUGUUCUACAACAACGUCCUCUCAAUUCCCAUCCUCUUCCUCGCUUCCGUCUUCAUCGAAAAUUGGUCUUCCGAGAACGUGGCGAAAAAUUUCCCAGUUGAGUCGCGCAACAACAUCAUUGCAGCCAUGGUAUUCUCCGGUCUUUCCUCAGUUUUCAUCUCAUACACCUCGGCUUGGUGUGUUCGCGUCACUUCGUCGACCACAUACUCCAUGGUCGGCGCUCUCAACAAAUUGCCUAUUGCGCUCAGCGGCCUUAUAUUCUUUGACGCCCCACUCACAAUUCCAUCUGUCUCUGCUAUCGCUGUCGGGUUCAUUAGCGGCAUCGUGUAUGCGCUCGCAAAGGUCAAGCAAUCGGCGAAAGCCAAGAUGGGAGGGGGACUACCGACUACCAACCCAGCGCCAAUGAGUGCGAGCAUGCAGAGCGCUAGGGACUCAUUCAAAUCUUAA